AAAAUGGUUAGAAGAAGAGUCAGAAUUACUAAAAAAUAAGUUGGAGCAUAUGGGUCAUCAUCUUAAUCAAAAGCAUCCAGUUCCUCAAGCUCAUCUAGUUCAUCAGGUUCAUCAAGCUCAACUAGUUCAUCAAGUUCAUCAAGCUCAUCUAGUACAUCUAAGGCCUCUAGUUCAUCUAAGGCCUCUAGCUCAUCUGGAGGUACUGAAUAGAGUAUUUAAUAAAGCACUUCUAUUAAAACUACCCAAAAAUAAGGAGAGUAAGAGGCUUAAAGUAAAUCAAAGAUUAGUCAAUCUGUAGCAGAUAGAUUAAGUUCAAAAUAUUCAGAAGCUGAAUCAAAAGAAUAAUCAUCGGCUUCUAAUUCAAAUUCAAAAGGCAUUUCAAGCAGCAGUUAAACUAUCAGUUCAAAAAGUGGUUCAAAUGCUAGCAGUUCAAGUAGUAGUUCUAGCAGUAGUUCAAGAAGUAGUUCGAGCAGUAGUUCAAGCACUUAAGGAAUCUCAAGUAGUAGUUCAAGUACUUAAGGAAUUUCAAGUAGUAGUUCAAGCAAUUCUAAGGGCUCCAGUGGUUCAAGUUAAAAAUCUUCAACAGGAGUCUCUUAGAGUUAAAAUAUCAAACAAUCCUCAUCGACAGUUGGAAAUAAAUAGUCUUCUUCUAAAGUUUCUGAGGGAUCAAGCAGUAGUAAAUCAAAUAAAAAGGUUGUGAAGACAGAAGAUGGAGAAGAAUCUUGGGAGGAAAUUUCUUUUGAAGAAACAACUGAAUACUCAGUAGAUUCUGAUGGAAAUAUGAAAAUUAUUUCCUAAACAAGUUCAUAAAUACCAAAAACAAAAGCUUACUUCCUAAAUUCUAUAGGAGACUAGUAAAUUGAUCUUGACAUUGAAUAAAAUGAUAAUUAAGACAAUCCUGAAGAGGAUAAUCAAAAUGAAUAAAUUGCAUAUGAUGAUUCUAAUGAUUAAUAUAUUUAUGAAAAAGAUGGAGAUUAUUAAGAUGAUGCUUAAUAAGUAAAUGAAUAAGUUUCAGAAGAAAACCUUAAUAAUUAUGAAGAUCAGAUAAGUGACAUAAUAGAAGAUCCCGAAUAAGAGAAAGAUUAAGAAUAUAUCUACUAUGAAAUAGAGGGAGAUUAAAUAAUUUAUUAUGAAUAUAAUCCAGAAAGUAACGCUUAUCAUUAGGUAAAUAUGAUGAAUUCAGAAUAAAAAAAAUCUCUUAUAAUUUAAGAUUCUUAAUUUGAUGAUUUGUUAGAUAGUGUAACAGAUGAGAAAUCAUUACCAACUGAACAAGUAGGUGGAUAAGAUGCAACUAAUAAAUAAGAAUAAAAAGUCUAAGAAAAUGAAUAGAAAGAAGUUGCUUAAACGAAAUAAUAAAAAGAAAGUUCAGAAAAUAAAGAGGAACCUAUAAUUAAUUAAGAUAAGCCUAAUGAUAAAUAAGGCUAAGCUACAAGUAUUGAAAAUAAGUAAAAUGAAUAAAGUGAGGGUCAAAGUUCAGCAGACUCAAAAAAAUUAAACGAAGAUCAAAUAAAAAAAUAGGAUUAAAAUAAUGAACAAAAGGAAUAGAAAUAAGAAGAUUUACCAAAAGAAAAUUUAGGUAACUUAGUUAAUGAUCUUGUUAAAGAAGAAAAAGUCAAAAUAGAUAAUAUCGGUUUUGAGAAAAAAUAAAUCGAAGUGAAGGACGAGAAGGAGAAAUCUUUAAAAAUUUAAUCUUUGAAAGAAGAAUUCAAUCCUAAUGAACCAACUUAGUAUGAGCCACCAAAACACAAAGUUAACACCAGACCAAAGACAGAAAAGGUGAUUGUUCCAGUUUCAACUAAAUAUAUCAAAUCAGCUUAUGAUGGAGAAGUAGCUGAAUAAUAUGAAUUUGCAGACAGAGAACUUCUUCAAGAUUCAGAUGAAUAUGGAUAUGGUUUUUGGAUGAGAUAUACUUCGAAUGCACCAAAAGAGCAUGUCAGGAAACCAGAAACAUACUACUUUUUAUCCCGACUAACUUCAAAUUAGGAAUAUAAAGACUUGACUUAUUAUGGGGAUAGAACAUUAACUAUAUUUAUGAUAGAAAAUUCUUUUGUUUUUUCAACAUAUGAUCAUUAAGAAAAGAAAAAAGUCAAAGAUUAGGUUGUGGCUUUAAAUGAAGAUUUAGAUAGCAUGUGGUAUUUUAUCACAUUCUCUUACAGUACUGCCAAAAAGGCAGCUGUUGGUUUUGUUAUUGGUUAUGGAGACAAUAACAAGGUUUUAAAAGCUGAAAUUUAAUGCCGACAUGUUCCUCCUUAAUACUUUAAACUAAUUGUUGGUGGAAAGCACAUGACAUAUGAAGGAUUGAAUGGAUAAUUUGCAAAUAUCUUUUACGAUAUUGAUGCUCCAGCAUUUGUAGAUACAGAAGCUAAAGCUAGAGAAAUUAUUAAGUCUAUUUCAAAUGUUCCAUAACAAGUUGCAAGCCUCAUAGAUCUAGAAGUAUUAACGACUCCAAAAUUAUUUAAUGCUAAUACAGCAGGUGAUUCUGUUGUCUUAGAUCCUUAAGAAUCUUAAUUAAUAAUAGAAGAAUACAGCGUUGCAACAUGGUUUAGAUGGAUUGAUGAUUUGAAAGUUGAUAGUGAAAAUACUUUCUAAAUUUUUAAUUUAAGAUCAAACGAAAAGAAAUCAUAAGGAAAAGGAAUAUUAGGAGAUAGAUCUCUAGAAAUGCAUUAUAUUUAUGGAGGAGGAUCUAAGAGUUCUGUAUACUUUAAUACAUAUACUAUAGAAGGAAACAAAGCAAAAGGAUCGAUAUAUUUAUCGAAAACAGUUUAAUCUCCUAAUUAUAUAUGGCAAUAUGGUUAUAUGGCUUACGACAAUGAUAAAAUGAAAGUUUAUGGAGCAUUGAUAAGACCAGGAAAAUCUGAUGAGAUCUUAUUUGAUCCAAUUCAACACAAAUUGAUAACAAAAUUGUUCUUUACUUUAGGAGGAGAUGAUUAGAUAUCACCAUUUAAUGGCAAAAUUGGGUAUGUGGGAGUAUACCUAGGGCCAGGGGCAUAUAGAUAGGCACUUAAUUUUGGUUAAUAGUUUUAAUACGGAGAUGGUGCUAUGGCUGUCUUUUAAUUGGUGAAGCCAAUUUCAUAUAAAGAUGAUGCAUUAGAACCAAAUAUAGUAAAAGAUUGUUUCUAUGAUGCAGCAAAUUCAUUAGUAGAUAAGAUUAUGAUUCAUGACGACUCAAAAUUAAGAAUAAAUGGUCAAAGUGAAUAUUCAUUUGGAAUGUGGACAAGGUGGUUGAGCACAAUGCCUAAAUAUUUAGUUUAACGAGGAGCAGUUCACAAUAUUGCUAGAUUUGGUACAUAACCUUAUUUAAUUGAAUCAGUGGAUGGUAAAUUAUAACGAGCAAAUACAAGACCAUAAACACCAAAGGAUUAAACUUUGGCUGUGACUCUCAACAAAGAAGCAUAUGAAUUCUAUACUUAUAAUGCCAAAGAUGAAAUAUCUUUCACAAAAUUAGAAGGUUGGUGGAAUUACAUUUACUUUGGAUAUAAAAGAUUUGGAGAUAAAGGCACAGCAAGAGGAUAUGUCUAAUUUGGAGUAGAUGGAGAGAUUAAGGAAGUUUCUUUUGAUAUAUUUCAUGAUUACAUUUUGGAAUAUGUUGAGUUUGUAGUAGGCAAAUCAUAGGCUCCAUUUUUCAAUGGUUAAAUGACUAAAAUAUAAUGUUCAAUAGGACCAGGAGCAUUUAUUUCAAGUGCUGAUAGUUUAAAAUUAUAUACACAAAAUACACUUCCAGAAAAAGCUUAAAUUCAUCCAGUUUCCAGAUAAACCUAAUAAUUAAUUGGAACACCUGUGAAUGAACCAUCAAACAAAUUCUAAUUUGAUAAAUAUUAAGGAGCUUCAGAAUAUGCUAUUUCUGGUUGGGUUAAAUGGAGUGGUUAAUAAAAAUUAGGAAAGAUUUUCCACAUUAUCACGAUGGCUCAAAAGAGAUUAGAAGACUUGGAUGGAAAAAAUGAAGAAACUUUGAAGAUAGUUAGAUCUGAUUUAUCAUUUAUUUACUCAACUUAUUCUUGCAAAGGUGAGGAUUGUUCAUAAAUAAUAAAUAAAGAAUAGUAAUUUGGUGAAUAUUGGGAUUAAUGGACAUAUGCAUAUUUUGGUUAUUCAAGUGUAUUAAAGAAGGCAUUUGGCUAUAUUAAAUAUACAUUUAGUGAUGAUAAGUUUUUGUUGAAUGAUGUGAAUCAUUUUUAUAUGGCAGUUUUUAGUAUAAUUAUAGGAAGUGAGUAAGAGAAGUUUUUGGGACAAAUGAAAACAUGGGUAAUAAAUAUUGGAGAAGGAUCUUAUAGAGAAGGUGAAUUCGAGAGCGAUGAAAAUAUAAAAGUACACUUCGGAUUUAUAAGUGGAACUGAUCACAUAAAAUUGUAGUAGGCAGGAUAGGAAGCUCAUCAUGAUGAAUAGAUUUUAGAAUGUUCAGCGAAUGGGAAGGAAGUUCCUUUGCAUGUCUAAUUCGAAUAGAGUGAAAAAUUAAAUCUUUAAGGGGUGAGUGAAUAUGGUUAUGGAUUUUGGGCAAGAUUCUAACAUUUUGCAAAUAAGGGUGUUCUUUACUAAUAACCAUAGUGGAUGGGUAUGGCAAGACUGACCAGUCAAAAAGAUUACAAAGAUUUUGAUUAACCAGGAGACAGAGUUCUCUUAAUCUUAAUGGGCAAAAAUGUUUACCAUUUCUCUACAUACAAUGUCCAACCAGCAUCAAAUAAUGUUAAUGGUAAUAUACCUUGUGCAAUGGAAUCAGAGAGCGAAUGGACUUACAUUUAUUUUAGUUACAAGAGAAUUUCUUAAACCCUAGGACACGCAGUGGCUUUCACUUCUUAUGGGGAUAUAACACCUGGAAUAUAGAUGGAUGUAUUGCAUAAUUUACUCUAAAACUAUUUAUAACUAACAAUUGGACAUGCAGGUAGGUAUUAUCCCAACUUUAAUGGUUAAAUAACUACAGUGAGAUUUAAUUUGGGACCUGGAGCUUUUAUUGAAAAUACAGCAGGCAUCUUAGCUAGAAUCAAGAAUAAAGAUCCAAAACCUGACAUUCUAUCACUUCCUAAGACUUAUGAGGUGUUUGUUGGUAAAUAGGAUGCUUAAAAACUUAAAAUUGACAAUCCUAUGAUUAUUGAAUAAGAAGCUAGAGAAUAUUCAAUCUAACUCUGGUUCAGAUGGUUUAAGACACCAGUCAAACCAAACUAAGUGAUUUAUAGACUUUCUCAAAACAGAGCUGAAAAUGAUGCCAAGAACAUAGGGGAUAAAGUAUUAAUGUUAGCCCACAUAGGAACUGCUUUAUUUAGUACUUAUACCUUAUAGGAAUCUGUAAUGAGUGUUCCUUUUGAAUGCAAUAUUCCAAAACAGCAACUUGAAAUUUGGACCUUUGCUUAUUUUGGAUAUUCUAAAAAGGAAAGAAAAGUGCAAUACUAUUUGAAGGCUGAUAACCAUGAGAAUAAGGGAUUGGAGCCGAUUCUUCAUGCAGUAUCUUCUAAAUUUUGGUUGUAUGUGGGUAGAGAUGGUAUAUUGGAGAAUUUUAACAGUAGAGUGGCAUAAUUAACAUUGAAUUUGGGUGAAGGUUCUUUUAGGAAAGAGAACUUUUUGUAAUUGUCAGUAUAUUUGUUAUCACCAAAAUUAUUUUCUUAAGAGAAGAAGAACAAUUGGGAAAGUGCUGGUAAGUUAGUUCUUGGUCAGGGUUAGACAGUGAAAUUAAUAGAUGAGCCAGAUAAACCGAUUGAGUCAAUGUAAGAAUACAGUAUUGGAUUUUGGUGCAGAUUUUUAUAAGCAUGGCCAGAAAGAUUAUAUAGAUUGGGUUAAGAAAUGUAAUUGGUAAGAUUGACAUCAAAUGAAUAAAUAGAAAUAGGUAAAGUAGCAAUGGGAGAUAGGAUUUUGGCAGCUCAUGUGGUAUAAGGUCAUUAUUAAUUUUCAACUUAUGAUUUGAAUGAUGAUGCUCCAAAUGAAUUAAGAACAAUAGCUUAUUAAAAAUUAGAAGGUUAAUGGAAUUACAUUUACAUGGCUUAUUAGAGAUCUAGCUAAGUGGGUUCAUAUAUUGUAUAUGAUGGAAAAGAUAUUCAAUAAAUUAAGAAUUAAGAUUUGCUUCAUAAACCUUUGGGAGAUUUUGUUAUUUUACAUAUUGGUGGUGAACCAGAUAUUCCUGGAUUUUAGGGUUUAAUUAGUAAAAUGACAGUGAAUUUUGGAUUUGGGUCAUUUUUGGGAUUAGUUGAGGAAGUAAGGAAAAUGAUAGAGAAUUCUAUGACUUUAGAUUAAUAGUUGAGUGUGGAGUAUAUUCAUAAAGAGAAGCAUGGAUAAUAAGAAUUGAUAGGUAAAUUGGAAACAGUGACUGAUGAAGUAGGAGGAACAGAAUUAAGAGGUGAUACUUGGUCGACAGUUGGAGAAUAUUCAGUUAGUGGAUGGUUCAAAAUAGCAGAAUUAAAGGGAUUAAGUUCAAAUGAUUGUUAGAUUCUAUUGAGAGUUACUAAUAAUGAUAAAGAACAUUUAAAUGAUAAGAGAACUUAGGGAGAUAGAAUACUUCAUGUCUCUGUUUGUGUUGAUUCAUUGAAGUUAUCAACUUAUACAAUUCAUGGAUUAAAAGAUUGGAAUGAAGCUAAGUUUUUAGAAGAGAAAGUGGAUCUGGGUCAUAAUAGAAAAGCUUGGAUUUACAUUUAUAUGGGUUAUAAUGAAGAUAUAUAAGAGGUUCAUGCAUUAUUACAUUUAUUUGAUGAAGACAAACCACUUAUUUUCAAGGGAGUUUAACAUUAUGUACCACAUUAUACAGGAAUAUAUGUUGCAAAAGACCCUUUCUCAAAAAGAUUCUAAGGAGAACUUUAAAAGUGGGUAGCCCAAUAUGGAUAAGGUGCAUUUGUUAGCAUAUAAAAGAGAGGUUAUGAAGAUACUUUACCAAAUUAUAGAGCUCUAGCAACUAAUUAGAAAUACAUGUGGUUCUACAAAGAAGAAACAAUUGUAGAAACAGAGAAAACAAUCACUUAAAUAUUCACUACUGAAGUUGAAUCUGUUGAUGAGUAUUCAAUAGGAGUUUGGACAAGAUGGUUGAUUUCGUUCCCAACAACACUUACUGAAAGAUAAGAGAGACAUAAUAUCUUUAGAUUCUCAUCUAAUAAAGAAGAUUAAGACAAAAGUGAGUUAGGAGAUAGAGUUUUAACAGCUUUUUUAACUCUAGGAAAUUAUGAAUUUAGUACUUAUGAUGUUAUUAAACCAUCAAAUGCUCUUGAUGCCAAAUUACCAUAUACUGAAUUAGAAGGUGCUUGGACUUAUGUUUAUGCUGCAUAUAAAACAGGAUAGUUUUAUGGAAUGGUCUUAUUUAGAGAAUAAUCUAAAGCAUAACAUGUUGAAUUAUAAGUCUAACAUAGAGCAUUAACUGGUUAUGCUAAAUUUGUAUUAGGAGCUAAAGAAUUUGGAUUCCAAGGAUUCCAUGGUUGGCUCUUUGAUCCUAGAAUAUUCCUUGGUUAAGGAGCAUUCAUCAGUGAAAGUCAAAAAGUUGUAGAUAUGGUACUCAAAUUACAUCGUAAAUUACCUGUUCAAUCACUUGAUUCUGAAGACUUCAAAUGGCCUGUUCAAAUGAUUGAUACUACAUUUCAAGAUGAUGUUAAUGAAAAAAAGGAUAAAUUUUCAUUCUCCUUCCUAAAUAAACAAGGCUUGCUUGAAUACUCUUAUGGCUUCUGGAUGUAAAAUGCUGUUCUUACUCCUGAAUUAACUGAUUAAUACAGAGGUCUUGUUAGGUUGUCUACCAAUAAUGAAGGAUCUGAUGAAAGAUAUAUUGGAGAUAGAACUCUUGCUUUAUUCACCAAAACAGAUGAAAUUAUUGCAAGUACUUAUACACUCAAAGAUCCUACUUUUUAACCUGUCACCCAUACUUUCAAACUCAUUCCUUAUUAAUGGACAUUUGUCUAUUUUGCUUACACUCCUGGAAAAGCUAGAGCUUAUGUUUUGACUAUCAAAGGACCUGAUGAAUAAAUUAUGGCCGUUAAGCAUGCCAUCCCGAAUGCCUUCUACCUAAAUCUAAUUAAAGAUUAGUCCCAUCCUUUAUUCUAUGUAUUUUCUUUCAUUAAUAUUCUAGGGUAAAUUCUAUGGAUUCAAACUUCUAUUUGGAUAGGGUAGUUAUUUGAAUAAUCCUUAAGAAAUUAUUGAAAAGUGGCCUUAUGAUCCAAAAGCUCUUCCGCCUCUUCCAAAACAAGAAGAGAAAAUCUUAUCUCUUAACUCUGCCAAAGUUGACAGAGCUUAAAAUAAAGAUCAUGAAUAAUUUCAAGAAUGAUUUUUUUUGAACUUAACAUUAAAU